GUGGUGUCGCGUUCGGUAGAUAGAUAGACAGACGACGCGUGUCGGUAGUAAAGUCGGUGAAAUUUGCAGAGAAAGUCGUCGUCGAGUGCGUCAGGGUGGCAUUCCGAGGGUUGCAGACACACCCCGAAGCGGCGGCAGCAUCCCCUUGGGUGCGCAUCGAGGGUGCAAGUGCAUCAGCCCGACCCCCAACCACCCCCAUAAUUAAUGGAAACGGGUCGUUUACGGCCCGACCCGCCGGGUAAAAACAACCACCAAACUGGAACUCAUGGAAUUGGAAAAUAUCGUCGCCAACACAGUCUAUCUAAAAGCGAGAGAGGGUGGUUCCGAUAGUAAUAAAGGCAAGAGUAAGAAGUGGAGGAAGAUUCUGCAGUUUCCCCACAUCUCGCAGUGUAUAGAUCUUAUCAACAAAAUAGAUGUUCGCUACGAGUACGUGGUGGACCAGCAGCCCAUCGGGAAGCUCCUUUUCGAGCAAUGGUGCGAAAUAAAACGUCAUGAAUACCACCGUUGUGUCAAGUUCCUCGACGUCGCAAAACGCUAUGAAGUUGAAACGGACGAACAACGUUUGGAAUUGGCAAACGCCAUCAAAAAAGAAUUCAUGGUCGGCGCGGAGGGGGAGGAAAAUAUUUCGCUUCCGGAAGUCGGACUUGUGCUUUCGACGAGUGAUAAACUAACAAACGGACAUAAAGACUUAUUUGCACCGUGCGUGCAAGCGGUUAAAGCCUGUCUAGCAGGCGAACCCUUCAGGGAAUUUACUAAUUCAAUGUAUUUUCAUCGGUACCUGCAGUGGAAGUGGCUGGAAGCACAACCGGUCACUUAUAAGACUUUUAGGAUGUAUCGCGUCUUGGGCAAGGGCGGAUUCGGAGAGGUCUGCGCUUGUCAGGUGCGAGCGACUGGUAAAAUGUACGCGUGUAAAAAGCUGGAAAAGAAACGAAUAAAGAAACGCAAAGGCGAAGCGAUGGUCCUGAUCGAGAAGCAGAUAUUGCAGAAGAUCAAUUCACGAUUCGUUGUGAAUCUUGCCUACGCUUACGAAACGAAAGACGCCCUUUGUCUAGUCUUGACGAUAAUGAAUGGUGGCGAUUUAAAGUUUCACAUCUACAAUAUGGGCGGAGAACCGGGAUUGGACAUUGCAAGGGCGAGAUUUUACGCAGCUGAAGUCGUCUGCGGACUUGAUCAUUUGCAUCAGCAGGGCAUUGUAUAUAGAGACUGUAAACCCGAAAACAUUCUUCUCGACGAUGCAGGUCACGUAAGGAUCUCAGAUUUAGGUUUAGCCGUAGACAUCCCUGAAGGAGAAUUCGUUAGAGGUAGAGUCGGCACUGUAGGCUACAUGGCACCUGAAGUUAUAGAUAACGAACGUUACACAUUCAGUCCUGAUUGGUUCAGUUUCGGUUGUUUGCUGUAUGAGAUGAUUGAAGGCCAAGCACCGUUUCGAGCACGCAAAGAAAAAGUUAAACGUGAAGAAGUGGAUCGGCGAGUGAAAUCCGAUCAGGAGAAAUACUCGUCAAAAUUUAGUGAAGAUGCCAAAUCUUUGUGCCAACAAUUACUAGCCAAGAGUCCUGGACAGAGACUGGGAGGCAAAGCGGGACGAUAUGGGGCUGCUUUAGUCAAACAACACGCUUUUUUUCAGAGUCUUAAUUGGAGGAGACUCGAGGCAGGGAUGGUCGAACCCCCUUUCGUACCAGAUCCUCAUGCGGUUUACGCCAAAGACGUGCUCGACAUCGAGCAGUUUUCCACCGUCAAAGGCGUGAAUAUCGACGAAAGCGAUUCGUCAUUUUAUAGCAAAUUCAACAGUGGUUGUGUGUCCAUACCAUGGCAAAAUGAAAUGAUAGAAACAGACUGUUUUAGACAAUUAAAUGUGUUUGGUGUGAACGGUACAAGAAGCAGCGAUUUAAUCCUACAACCCGUCACGACGACAGAAAACGAAGGUUGUUUUCCUUUCAGACGAAAGAAGAAACAGCUGCCUAGGACCAAGCCCAUCCCUAUAAACCCCUCCUUGUUACCUCAAAUGACAGAGAGCUGAUGCCUCUAAUAAUUGAAUUUAAUGUCGCACACAACACUUUCCUCCCUGUCUCAUAUUCGUCUUCCCGCGCACGACGAUUGUUACAUUUUUUGUAUAUAUUUAAGUGUUGAAGCAUGCACAAUGCCAGUUUUUGGUAGAUGAUAUAUUUUUUAUAAGUUACUUUUCGAGUCAUCUACUGAUGUGGAAACGGUUAGUUGUCUCAAAAAACGUAUUUGAAUGUUAUUUUGUUUUUCAUUCCACAAUCACGUCACCUAAUGGAUUAGAUAAUUGAUGUAUUUCAAGAAGGAAGAAGCAAAAAGACCUUUUAUAUUGUUUUAUUGUGAUAUUUUAUCUGUGUGUUUAUGUCUACCAGGACUUGAUUUCAACGGCCCAAUUAGUUAAGUUCAAAACAGAUUGUAACUUGCCCAAACGAGAAUUUGUCUAGAUUAAGCUCAAAUAUUAGGAUAGAAAAGAAAAAUCCAUUAACUUUCAAUUCUAUGUAGCAAUUUGUAUCAUUUUUUUUUAUUUAAUUAAUUUAUAUAUUUUUUGAGCGACUGUUUUUUGUAAAUUUGUUGGUCCGUCAUUGUGAGAUUAAUACAGAGUGAAUUUAAAAAAAAAACGUCCAAACGUUUGUAUACUCCAGGAAAAAAUUCCUGACUCACGUUGACUGUUCAACAGUUUUUUUUUAAUUAUACCUGUUUUGACUUUGUAUUGAAAUGAUUUUUGAUAAUUAAUUAAACAUCUAAAUCAUAA